AUGUUCUACGGUCUGCAAUGGCUGUUUGCCCCAGCACUACUCAACUUUCACACCGUUCUCGGCUGGGAGUCUACAUGCUCGUCUUUCACACUCCAUAAUCGGACAGAUGUUACUGUCUUCGCCACAACAUACUACGCCGCAAAUGCUACUGUAGAUUUGGCAACACAUAUGUCAAGCAUCGACACAAAUGCCCUCCCCGGAUUCUGCCGUGUUCAGCUUGUAAUUACUACCAACACGACGGCGAAUUCGUCGUGCAACACGGAAGUAUGGCUGCCCGACGAAUGGAAUGGCCGCGUUCUGACUGUCGGAAACGGCGGGUUCGCUGGCGGAGUCAACGUCGCAGAUCUUGGAUAUCUUGCCAUCGCCCAAGGCUUUGCAGGUAUAUCAACAGAUACCGGUCAUACUGGGGGUGUGCGGGUAGGAACCUGGGGUGGUCCGCACAAUGAUAACGCAAUUGUCGAUUGGGGGUGGCGGGCACUACAUCUGAGUGUCAUCUCGGGAAAAGAAGUCACAAAUCAGUACUACGACCAAAUACACAAUAAAUCAUAUUAUCUGGGUUGUUCAACAGGCGGACGUCAGGGGCUGAAGGAAAUCCAAACAUUCCCGGAAGAUUUCGACGGUGUCGUUGUAGGCUCCCCCGCUAACUGGCAGACGCACUUGCAAGAUUGGUCAAUCCACAUGAAUCUCGACGUUCGACCUGCGUCACGUUUCAUAAAUGCAUCACAGUGGAUUCAUGUCGUUCAUCCGGAGGUUUUGAGACAAUGCGAUGCACUUGACGGGGCAUAUGGUAUCAUUAAUGAUCCAAGAUUCUGCAACUUCCGACCAGAAACCCUCACUUGCCGUCCUGGACAGGACCCAUCGACGUGCCUCACUAUCCCGCAGAUUGAAGCCGCCCGUCGAAUCUACGCAGAUUACUACGAGACCAAUCAGACGUGGAUAUUCGGGUCCUAUUAUCCGGGAGGGGAGGUGGCCUUCCCUGAUGCCCUUGUGACCCAGGCUCCUUUUGAGAUUUCUCAGGAGUGGUUCCGGUAUUUUGUCUUAAAUGACACGGAGUGGACGAUUGAGCAAUAUAACGCAUCUCUUAUUCCCAUCGCGGACGAAAUUGAUCCUGGACAGUCCAAUGCGAUCGACCCCAACCUCACUGCAUUCGCAGGUCCAGAGCAUAACGGCAAGGUCCUGCACUAUGUUGGAUGGGCAGACCAGCUGAUCAGCCCGGGGAACUCGCUGCACUGGUAUGAAUCGGUGUAUGCGUUCACCCAGGCGCAUACAGAGCUGAAGAUAGAUGAUUUUUACCGCAUGUUCACUGCACCCGGGAUGAACCACUGGUGA